AUGAAUGCAUUAUAUCAUCAAACAAAUGAAUUGCUGAAAGAAACUCAACAUAUUUUUAUUAAACUUGAAAAAUGUACUGAUCAAGAAGUUGCCAUUUUAGAAAGAGAUAUUCAAAACAGGAUAGAAACCAUCACACGUAACUGUGAGAAAUUGGAUAUUCUUGCUUAUAAAGAUCCAGCUGGUAGAACACAAGCUAACAAAAGUAGGAUAGAUCAGUUAAAACAUGAAAAUAAACAUUUACAGUCUGCUUUGCAUAUGCUUCAGAUAAAAAAGAAAAAAAAAGAAUCAGAAAUAUUGGAAAGAGAACAACUACUUCAGAGAAAGUUUACAAGUUUAAGAGAAGAGGAAACAGCAAUUUUUAUUGAUCAUUCAUUGCAUCAUCAAAAUGCCCUUAAUAGAGCUAACAAAAAUUUAGAUGAUCUAUUAUCAACUAGUAAAGGAAUUCUUUCAAAUCUUAAGGAGCAGCGUAUUACUUUAAAAGGAGCUCAAAAAAAACUCAUGAAUUUUGCCAAUACACUCGGAUUAUCUAAUACUACUAUGAGACUAAUAGAAAACAGAGUAAAGGAAGACAAAUAUAUUUUGUUUGGAGGAAUGUUCAUAACUAUGCUUGUGAUAUUCUUUGUUAUUUUUUAUUUGAAAGUAUAG